UCAAGCUCGUGGCGCGUGGUUUUAGGUCUGUCUCUUACCUCGUGUCUCAUCUCAUCAGCAGUGGUAUUUUAAGCACGCCGUUGAGUGACCAUGGAAGCUGACUUCCAUUAGAGGUUAUUUCCUGGAAGCAGUUGUAACCUUUACAGGUCGAAUACGUUUACCAUUAUGCCACAAAGGCUGAACUUUGCCUUCAAGAAACCUAUAGUGGUCUUUACUUUCCCGGGAAUGUAUCUGGUCUAUAAAAUCAACGAAUUUAAGCGGCAACUUCAAGAACAGAACAGAAGAGAGAUAACUGAGAGAGAACUGGCCCAUUUGAACCACAAGAUAGACAAACUUCUUGUAAAACUGGAAGAGCAUGAACCUGAGAUGGCUAAGUCACGUGACGAGGAGUGUGCUAUCUGCAUCAACGCCAGGGCUACCAUGCAGACCUUCCCCUGUGGGCACCGAGUUGUAUGCAGAAAAUGUUUUGUUAAGACUAUACAGAUAGCCGUGUCUCAGAGGAUUCUGCCACUUCGGUGCGUCGUGUGCCGAGCUCGAAUCUUGCGCAUCAAACAAACCACUUCCGGAGGAACUCCGGUGCCACCUUCCCGCCGAGCUGCAAUGUUGAUGACUUCUCGAGAAGCUCUUCAGAAUGGCCAAGAUGCGCCAAUGGCUGCCGUUCUAUCAGGAUCUCAAGGCUUCUUCGCACCUGCCGUCAAUCCUGUAAAAUUGAAGCCCACCAGCUUUAAAAAUAUGAAGUACAAAGUCGCUGUAUCUCCUAGUCCCAAGAAUACUUCAACCAAUAAAAACAAUGGAGAUCAAGGACCUCCGGCAGAAGAAAAGUUACCACUAAUUCGUCAUAAAAAACCAUUGAAAGUCCUAAAUGUAGUGCCAGAUAGAAGUCCUGUUCAAUGGGCAGAAGCUAGAUCAAAGCACUCUGUGGUCAUCCGUGCGCCAAAACAUCGACGGCGUCAUCAAGUUCAUGUUAGUACACCUGCGCAACUGUUCCCUAUCGAAGAACAUGACGAACAAGAAACCCUGGAGAUCAAAGGGCAGAUUCACAAUCUCGAUAUAUCAGAAGACACAUCUGAAACGUGUCCCCUGACAGGACACGGCAGACACGCCUCACGUGGGAGGUUGUCUGCCUUCCAGCAUCUCCGAAGUAGGUCUCCGUUGAAGGUAUUCAGGUCCAUUGCAAAAUAAACCAUGAUCUAGAGAUUCAUAAUAGUAAAAACUGUAGCAAGUCUUCCCAGCAAAACUCCAAACCUGUGACUCAAUAGAUCAUAGUAGUCUUCUCAGCAAAACUUCAAACCAGUGACUCAAUAGAUCAUAGUAGUAUUCCCAGCAAAACUUCAAACCCGUGACUCAAUAGAUCAUAGUAGUCUUCUCAGCAAAACUUCAAACCCGUGACUCAAUAGAUCAUAGUAGUUCCCUGGAAGAUCACCAAGUCUUUGUGACAUAGUAAACGUUAGUAGAACUUUUUGAUUCUCUUCACUUCCAUGAUGAAAAUAACACGUCACAGAUCCCUGGGUCUUCGGGUUCGUAGCGAAACCAACUACAGGAUUUUUCUUUGAAGAUCUUUAGACGUCUAAAACUUUAAGUUCUAAAAAUUCUUUCUUCAAGAUCAUCAAGUCCCUAAAAUAUGUCAUAGUUGAUUUUUCCAAAGGAUCUUCUUGUCCUUGAAAACAGAUUUUCUUCAUGUGAAUGACGAAAUGAACUUGUAACAGUUAUCAUCCAAAGAUUUUCAGAUCACUUUUAAAUUUAACUUUUCUGACCUCGUCUAGUGACGGGCAUAGAAAGUCACACCUCAGCAACGAAGAAAAAGAAUAAAGCAAUAAAUACGAACAAUGCUUGUAUAAUAACAUAUUUUAAAACUGUUUAAAAAUAAUAAGAAAUUUAUUUAAAUUACUGUUGAUGUUUUGUAAAACCAGAACCCUAACAACCUAUCUCAAAGACUAUUAUUUUUUGAUUGAAACUAUAGUGUAAUUGCACAUCAAAAUCUCUACCCAUUUUACAACCGCAAUGCCAGCAGCUUUAAAUUCAGGCAGAACUUAAGUUCAAGCAUCUUAAUAACUAUGUUGUUUUGCAAUACAUGUAAUUAAAAUCGCUCAUUUUUCUUUAAUUAGGGGAGUGCCUUAUUGACAAAAUAGCCUUAUUUCAGCCUCAGACAGAUUUGUUUUUCUUUUAUGAAUUUAUUUAUCCGUUGUAUCUCUCUAACACUGUUUUAAAUAAGGUGCAUAUCGCUUCUAUCAUUUUCUUAGUAUUCAAAUUUUGUUUUUCGUAAAAUUCCAAACGUAUACUUUUGAGAACGUAGAAAAGCCAACUCAAUAGUACGACUGAGUGUAACUUAGUGAUUAAUAUGCCAAACUGUGGCUUCUAGAGUCCCUGAUUCGCGUCCCUUGACCCCCAAAAAACGUGCUGUACGGCAUUACGGUAAAAUAUAAAUUACUUUAGGAAUGAAUUCGUGUAUUCGAGAUUAUUCUAGUAACACUCAAGUUUUAGUGUACUUAUUUAACCGGAGUUACUUUUAAUCCGUCUGGUGAGCCCCCCAGUGGCACAGCGGUAUGUCUGCGGACUUACAACGCUAGAAUCCGGGUUUCGAUACUCGUGGUGGGCUGAACACAGAUAGCCCAUUGUGUUGCUUUGUGCUUAACUUCAAACAAACAAACUGUCUGGUGAAUUAAGUAAUUGUAACGACGUUAUGAUGUGGGCAAUAUAUCAAUUCCAAAUGUUUUUUUUUUGUUUUUUAAUUUCGCGCAAAGCUACACGAGGGCUAUCUGCGCUAGCCGUCCCUAAUUU